AUGCGGCCCCAUUUUGGCUCGGGGAUAUCUCCACGAUCCAGAAAAGACAGAAAAAACCUUUAUCCAACCUCCGCCUUGGUUGCAUUUCUUUGGCUGGUCAGGGUACCACGGACUGGAGACCUGGUCCGAUAUUGCGACGAUGGCACUCUGGAAUAUCUUGGUCGGAAGGACCGCCAGGUCAAAGUUAACGGACAGAGACUCGAGCUGGGUGAGGUUGAGGAGGCGAUUCACUCGUCCUACUCCUCCGCAAGGGCCGCCGUUGAUGUUGUACACCAUCCUUCCAAGGCUAACCACCAGGUUCUUGUUGCUUUAUUAGCGUUCCCUGACACGUCGGACACAGGGGAUCUUCAGGUCCUGUCCCGGGAGUUGUACCGCGCAGAAACUGAUGAGAUCAGCUCGCGAAUCACCACUCUUCUACCGAGAUAUAUGAUCCCUUCCUAUUUCAUUCCAGUCUCGAGGCUCCCACUGUCUAGCUCUGGAAAACUGGACCGGGUGACCCUUCGUUCUCUGGUUCUUGAUUUCCUACGGUCCGUAUGCCAAAAGAUUGUGAAGGAGGAGCGACAGCGUUCUCGGACUGAACUGAUUAUGCUGUCGGCUUGGGCGGACGUAUUGUCUGUAUCUCCCGGUAGCAUAGGUCUGGACGACAAUUUUUUCCUUUUUGGAGACUCCCUUGCCGCCAUUAAAUUGGCCAGGCGCUUGAGAGAUGAUGGAAUGGAGAUGAGCCUCACGGAUGUCAUCCAGAAUCCGACCAUAUCCCAGAUGCUCAUCAGAACGAAAGUCUCUUGGAAGUCGUCCUCGGUGCCACUGGCCUUUCGCACACGUCUCGGCUGCCGACAGAGAAACAUAGAGAUCGUCAUUAGCGAGACUCCUAUCCUGCGGUCUCGGAUUUUCUCCUCCUCCCAGUCGUUGAUGCAGGCGGUCAUUAACCAUCAACCGCGGUGGGAUACUGAGUCCGACCUCGCUUUGUACCUUGAGAGAGCUGCGUCCGUACAAUUUACUCUUGGUACUGAGCUUACCCGCUUCGCGCUCGUUACAGAUUCGCAUCGCAGUGUAUCGACGUACUUUGUUUGGAUCAUCCACCAUGUACUUUACGAUGGCCAUUCGCUGCAGCUCAUGCUUGAGGAUGUCCGACGCGUGUACGCGAACAAAGACAGACUGUCUCGUCUUCUUUCCGUGACUACAUAUCUCUACCGACAACACGGGACUAUCUACUCGGUGAUUUGUUCUGGCGAGAACAUCUGGAAGGAUUCACACCCACGACAUUCGCUCACACCCGGCGCGAGGGGCAGCAAGCUAUCACGGGCCAGACGAUUAUGCACCAUUCCAUCGAGUGACGUUGUUUUCGGAGUGACGCUGAGUGGUCGCUAUGCUCCAUUAGAGACUAUCGACAAAAUCGUGGGGCCGACUCUGAGCACGGUGCCACUGCGUGUGCAGAUUGACGGGCAGCAUGGGGCUAGUUCCUUUCUGACUUGUAUACAAUCGCACCUUGCCCGAGUGAUGGAGUAUGAUACGCAUGGGCUGCAAAGAAUCCCGUCACUAUCCUCAUCAGCUGCCUCUGCCUGUGAGUUUCAGACGCUGUUGGUUAUCCAGCCCCCACGUUUCAGCUUCACAGACGAACUGUUUGAGGAGAAGAGUCUGAUCCGAUCUGAGGUAAUUGCAGGGUAUCCUCUCACCAUCGAGGUUCAGCUGGUGGAGGAUGGGCCGAUUGAGGUCCGCGCUCACUUUGAUUCAGCCAUCCUGACCCGGGCGAAGUUCAGCGCAUGCUGCAGCAAUGGGACCAUAUUCUCGAGCAAUUGGUCAACAUUAGUUCCUAGCAGCCCAUCUCCAGCACUAGCAUGGCGAGUACACAGGGCAUCCUAG